AUGGCAGACAUAACAGGAGCCGCCGAGCUACCACCGCAACUUGCAAAUGGAGUGCCCAUGCUCAAGGUGUCGUCCAAGAAGGUCAAGCCCGUCAUCGUCACCCUCUCGCCCACUGCCAUCACUUGGCCCUCACUCAAGGGCGGAAAGGUCGAGAUCCGUAACAUCCGCGAGCUGCGACUCGGCGUCUCCCCAACAGACCAAUAUGACGGCGCGCGCUGGAUCACAAUCGUUCACGUGAGAGACAAGCAGUGGAAAGUCGUGCACUUCAUCGCGCACACCGACGACAUUUACGCGCUAUGGAGCGACACGCUCAACGACCUCGUGAGCGCCGCGUCCGAUCGCGUCGUGAGCGGGAUGCAGCAUGGUCCUGCGACCGACCCUGACCUGCUCUUCAUCAAGCAGCUUUGGCCCACCGGAGUGAGCAAGAUCGACGCGCGCACGGCCACGAGCCUUUGUCACUCGCUUGGACUCAACGUCGGUCCCACUCACCUCGCCAACUACCAGUUUCCACUCGACAUGGGCAACUUCCGCCGCCUCGUGCGCGAGGUGCAGACGCGCCCCGAGCUUGGCGAACUGUUCGAGGCCCUUGGGGGUGACAUGACCCGCGAUAAGGCACGCAACUUCCUCCGCGAUGUCCAGAAGGAGGACCUCACCGACGACCAGUUCAACCUUCUCUACGAUCGCUUUGCCGACGCCAAGUCGGACCUCUGGACGUCAGAGGCCCUUUCGUCAUACCUCGCCUCGCCAGAUAACAUCCCCAAACCAGUCGAGGACUUUAGCCGCCCACUCCCAGAGUAUUUUAUCGCCAGCAGCCAUAACACGUAUCUGGUUGCUGGGCAAUGGCGUGGGGACAGCACAGUUGAGGGAUACAUCCGCGUGCUGCUAGAUGGGUGCCGCUCCGUCGAGAUCGACGUGCAUAACGGCGACACGGACCCUGUCGUGUACCAUGGGAACACGAUCACGUCCAGUGUCCCGAUCCUCGACGUAUGCCAGGCGAUCAAAAAGUACGCGUUCGUCGCGUCACCGUACCCCGUCAUCUUGUCGCUCGAGGUGCGAUGUUCGGUGCAGCAGCAGGAGCGCCUGGCCAAGACGAUCAAGGACGUCUUUGGCGAUCUGCUCGUGACGGAGCCGCUGGAUGAUGUAGAUGGCAUUCCCAGCCCCGAAGACCUCAAGGGCCGCGUGCUCGUCAAGUCCAAGGCGGCCGUCCAGCCCAAGCCGCCGACUAGAGCGGUGACGCUCUCGUCGUCUCCCACCUCUGACUCGACGUCGGACUCGACGGCCACCGAGUCUGAUUCGUCGUUUGUCAAGCUCGCCAAGCGGCUGUCUUUCUCUGGCGGUGAGAAGACCAAGCAGCCCAAGCUCGGGAUCCACCGAUCGCUCUCCGACUUGCCGAUCUAUACCGCCGGCGUAAAAUACCAGGGCUUCUCCAAGCUGGUCAACUACGAGUCGAACCACAUGUUCUCGGUUUCGGAGCGCACAGCCCAGAAGAUCCUCCGUGAUGGGCAACAAGCAGACUGGAUCAAGCACAACUUUACCCACAUGUCGCGCGUGUACCCCAAGGCGGUGCGGCUCAGCUCGUCCAACUUUGACCCGCGUCCAUUCUGGGAGAUUGGCGCCCAGAUGGUAGCAAUCAACUACCAGACGCUCGACGAGGGGAGCCUGUGGAACCACGCAAUGUUCCACGACAACGGGUACGUGCUCAAGCCGCUAGCUCUGCGCCAGAAGACACCCGAGGUGCCCGUCCAGUAUCGCGUGCGCUUGCGGAUCAUAUCUGCGCAGCGCCUCCCCCCUACGGACGGGAUGUAUGUCGAGGCGACUAUCGGGGAGGACGAAUAUGAGACGCGUUACCUCAAGGACGGCGGUCUGAGCCCUCGUUGGGACCAGACACUCGAAUUCAAUGUGACAUCGGUUCCCUCUUGCCUCUCCCUUGUGAUCCUCAAGCUCACGAUCAAGGGCUCGCGUGGCGGCACGCUCGCGCAAUGGUGUCGCCCCCUCACCAACCCCGGCUGCGGGUUCCGCUACCUCCCGCUCGAGGACAACUCGCGCUCACGCUUCCUCUUCGCGACCCUCUUUGUGCGCAUCUCGUACGAGCCCAUCGUCAAGCCAACCUACACCCGCAACCACUCCAACUCGAUAUCCAGCUCGAUAUCCGCCAAGCUGUCGAACUUGCGGCCCGUCUCGCCGCUCCUGAGGCCCGCGUCUCCUGGCCACCUCCCAUCCUCACCCAUCCUCCCGGCGCCGACCGCGGCCAAGUCACCCAAGCCCUUGUCGGUCGCCCUCCCGCCCAGCGUGUCGCCGCCCAAGGCUUCGCGCUGGUCCCCGACCAAGUCGUCGCGCCUGUCCCCGACGAAGUUUGCAACUGCUGUGCCGCAGCCAGCUCAGACCCCGCCCCCUAGCCUUCCUCCCAUAGCCCCCUUCUCGCCUUUGACGUCUAUGCCCUCGGCGCCAACGAUCAACUACCCCACCCCCUCAGAUCCGGUGUCCAUUCCCCCGCAGACCAAAUCUCCAUGA